CGGCAAAAAGGUUAUAUUCAUUUCUGACCUUGCAAAACCCGUCAUAUUCCACCAUCUACUUCAAUGAAAACUGUAACCACACCCAACCACCCCCCACACCAUUACUCUCUCUCUCUCUCUCUCUCUCUCUCUCUCUCCCACUCACUCACCUUAUUCAUUUGAGAAAAAGAUUCCAGAUCAUAGCCAGCUAAUCUUCCAAAACUCUCUAAAUCGGGUUUUACUCUAAUUUUUUGAUCCAAUUAAAUUCAACCCGGCGGAGAUUCGGUGGCAUCAAUGGCGGACAUAGUGAAGCAGAUCCUAGCAAAGCCGAUUCAGUUAGCGGACCAAGUCAUCAAAACCACCGACGAAGCCAGUUCCUUCAAGUCCGAAUGCUCCGAACUCAAGUCCAAAACCGAAAAACUCGUCACUCUCCUCCGCCAAGCAGCUCGAGCUAGCAACGACCUCUACGAGCGACCCACCCGCCGCAUCAUCGACGACACCGACCAAGUCCUCGAAAAGGCCUUAGCCCUCGUCCACAAGUGCCGCGCCCACGGCCUCGUCAAGCGAGUCUUCACCAUCAUCCCCGCCGCCGCCUUCCGCAAGAUGGCUGCGCAACUCGAGAACUCCAUCGGCGACGUCUCCUGGCUCCUCCGCGUCUCCGCCUCCGCCGACGACCGCGCCGACGAGUACCUCGGCCUCCCUCCCAUCGCCGCCAACGAGCCCAUCCUCUGCCUCAUUUGGGAACAGAUCGCUAUUCUCUCUACUGGGUCGCUCGAAGAUCGAUCUGAUGCUGCUGCUUCGCUCGUUUCGUUGGCUCGCGACAAUGAUCGGUAUGGGAAACUUAUCAUCGAGGAAGGUGGAGUUGGGCCGUUGCUGAGAUUGGUGAAGGAAGGGAAAUUGGAGGGUCAAGAGAACGCUGCGAGAGCGAUUGGUCUUCUGGGUCGAGACCCAGAAAGCGUCCAACACAUGAUUAUUGCUGGUGCAUGCAAUGUGUUUGUGAAAAUUCUCAAAGAAGGUCCAAUGAAGGUUCAGGCUGUGGUGGCUUGGGCUGUCUCGGAGCUCGUUGCCCAUCACCGUAAAUGUCAAGAUCUUUUCUCUCAGCACAAUAUAAUUCGGUUACUCGUCAGCCAUCUGGCUUUCGAAACGGUUCAAGAACACAGUAAGUAUGCCAUUACCAGCAAAUCACUGGUCGCGGUCGUAGUGGCGAGUAAUAAUUCAAAUACUAAUAAUAACAACAAUCUCAACAAGGCCAAUUUGGUGAAUGUGAACGACGACGACGAUCCGUUGAGUCAAAGUAAAAUUUCACAUCCUUUGGGCAAUAAGCAACCCAAUAAGAUGCAUAACGUGGUUACCAGUACAAUGGCCAUGAAUGCCCAGUCCAAGUCGCAGCAAAACAAUCAUCUCAAGACCAACAACAACAACAACGCCGCAAAACAAAAUUAUCAAGUCUACCAACACCACCACCACAAUAAUCAUUCGAUUUCAGGGACUAUCACGAAAGGGAGAGACUUGGAGGACCCGGCGACCAAGGCCUAUAUGAAAGCAAUGGCUGCAAAAGCCCUUUGGCAACUUGCCAAGGGGAACUCGGCAAUUUGCCGGAGCAUCACUGAAUCGAGAGCGCUUUUGUGCUUCGCGGUGCUCUUGGAGAAAGGACCCGAAGAUGUUCAGUACAAUUCGGCCAUGGCUUUAAUGGAGAUCACAGCAGUAGCCGAGAAAGAUGCUGAUUUGAGAAGAGCAGCAUUCAAGCCCAAUUCACCUGCUUGCAAAGCUGUCGUUGAUCAAUUACUGAUGAUCAUUGAGAAGGCUCAUUCGGAACUUCUUAUCCCCUGUAUUAAAGCUAUUGGAAACCUGGCUAGGACUUUUAGGGCGACUGAGACAAGGAUGAUAAGCCCAUUGGUGAAACUGCUGGAUGAGAGAGAAACCGAGGUUUCUAGGGAAGCCUGUCUUGCCCUUGCAAAGUUUGCUUGCUCCGAUAACUAUCUCCACCUUGAUCACUCCAAGGCUAUAAUCAAUGCUGGAGGAGCAAAGCACCUAAUUCAACUUGCAUACUUUGGAGAACAAAUUGUUCAGAAUCCGGCUCUGGUUCUCCUCUGUUACAUUGCAAUGCACGUACCAGAUAGUGAAGAACUUGCAGAAGCAAAGGUGCUCACUGUGCUUGAAUGGGCAUCAAAGCAACCCCACUUGAUCCAACAAGACGAAGCGGUCGAGGAAUUGCUCCAAGAGGCCAAAAGCAGGUUGGAGCUCUAUCAAUCCAGAGGAGGUUCAACGGGGUUCCAUUGAUUUGAUUCAAUCAACUUGUCAAAUUGUUUGUUGUUUGAUAGAGUUACCGUUUUACCUUUCUUUUUUGCUUUGUUCAUUGUCAUGGAGUGUACAUACCAUUGGUUGUAUGCAAUUAUUAAGGGAAAUCCCCAAUUGUUUUUAUCAUUCUUCUGGUU